AUGAAGAAUCGACGAGUAAAACUCCAUAAAAAAUUAUCCAAACCUGAAGAUUACGUUUAUAUUGAAUUAGAUACAAAAUGCAGUUGUCCACAAUCAUAUAUUGAUGAUCAUGCAUCUAUUCAAUUUUCACGUCGUUAUCUUGAAUGUCAAGGUUCAAUGCCUAUUCAUAUUCUUCGUACAUAUAUUCAACAAGUUUUACCUUAUUCACCGAUGACACAAAUAUCGAUCUAUGAUUCAAACGAUCAACUAUUGAAUGAUUCCAUCUGUCUAAAAGAUCUCUCACCAUCAUCAUCGUCAUCAUUAUUAGUACAUAUUCCUCUUCGUUUUACAAUGAUUAAUACGGUCACAUCACUCGGUCAUUGUCUAUGUUCGUCUCCUUGUUCUCCGAUAAAAAGUUCGUCAUUUUCUCCAGCAAUCAUUCAACGUGAAACAAUCAAUCGAACAUUAUCAACAUGUCCAUUAGUUCCAACACCACCACAUUCCCCAUCAUCUUCCACAUCACAUUCGCCUGAUCUAUCAAAAAAUUCAUUACCAGUUGUUAAUCUUCUAACUCCUCCAUCGCCUUCGCAUUAUACUUCGUUCUUAAUUGAAAAUAUCGUCGAUUCGAAUUGUACCGAUCCAUCUAUUAUCGAUAAAAUAACUUCUGAAUUCGGUGAGAUAUGUCCAUCCAUGCCUUCGAUGAAACGCAAACGACAACGUACAUUUAAGAAGCUUCUACCAAAAACAUCAUCGCCGUCAGAUAUUCCUCUUGAUUUAACCGUCAAAAAACGUCCAUCAUCAUUCGAUCUGUUUCCGAUGCAAUCGAAAUGGCUAAAAAUGAUUUGA